AAACGGGUCUUGGAAACCUCCUGUGAUGAUGGCCACAUGAACCGACCAAGCAGUGAAGCACAACAGGAAAGCAGAGAGAUUAUUUUGGAAAUUAAGACAAUACCACGGUGGAACACUGAAAGCCUUUUAAAUCAAAGCAUAGAACAAAAAGAAAUAAUGAGUAAGCAACAACGGGACACUCAGAUGGAUCCUCCAUUGCAUAUCUCACUGACCAACCCAAGAGGCCAAGAAACUAAUUUAUCACAAUUGGAAGGAUUACAUUAUUACGUGAAGGAAGAGAAUGAGAAGAAUGCUGCUACAGUCAGUGAAUCACCAAACAAUGAACGGGAGGACUUGGAAGUUAAACAUACUAUGUUUGCAAGCACAGAAAACACGAUAAAACAAGAAGAAUCGGAAUGCCUUGGAAUCCCUUCAGCAAGUAACAGAAGCACUCCCAAUCUCAAAAUCCAGAGCCAUGAGAGAGAUAUAGAUGCAAAAGAAAUAACAGAUAGUGGUAAUGUUGCACCAAGCAAUAACAAAAUAAUAACCCAAUCUUCUGAAUUGUUUGCCAUUAAUGGAUCACAUUUGCAGCAUGUAGACAGCGUUCCUUUCGCACUAAAUAUAGAUGAAGCUGUUACAUCACAUGCAACUGAUACAUCAACUAAUUCCACACUAGAAAUUAAUAGACCCUUGGGAAACAACCUGCACAAAAUCCCUGCUAAUGAUAUGCAAAACAACUUGGUAAUAAUUCCAGAUGUUAUGGGUGUAUGUGGUAAGCUCACUAGUAACAAGUCACAUCCUACAAAGUUAGUCAAAGAUUUUGCAAACUCUGAAGAUAAAAGUGUCGAAGAUGUUAAUUUGAUUGGUGAUGCAUCAUCAAUUGGAGAAUCUGAAUCCUUCCAUGAUUCUGCAAUAUGCACCGACACUGAUAAUGUAUUUGAGCCAGGGAGAAUAAGUUCCUUGUUCCAUGACUCAGUCUCAUCAGAGGACAUGCAGAUAUUCAGUGCAAGAAUAAGUGAUGUGCAAAUGUCAUCCCAGUAUUCCACUGAAGCGGACAAUUUGGAAGCGAAAAAGCUGGAAGAUUUAUUCACAAAACCUCAUUCACUGAAGAAGGGGACAGAAAGUGCACACGUUCAAAAUCCAACAAACAGAACUGACAAAGUGAUUCCAUCCCUGACACAAGUUCCAGAAACAAAUGUUGCUGAUGAACAAAAAAAAGAUAAAGUAGGCGCCCCGCAAAUUGCAGAGCGGUGUAUUAGCAACCCGCCGUGUAUGUUAGCUGAUGCAAUGGUAAAGGAUGCAACUGAAGCUGCAUUGCUUGCAAUUACUGGAGAUGAAGGGAUGACUGAAGCAGCUGCAUCACCAAGUGCAAAGGCAUUAACAAAUGAUGAACAACAUUUAAACCAGGAAGUGACCACAGUUUUGAAUUUGCCAUCAUUGCAUGGAGAGCCUUCAAACAUUCAUGUUGCUAAUGAAGGAAAUACAAAAAGUGUUCCAGAGUUUAGUGAACAUGCAACAGAAACGAGCACGAGACAUGUGCAAGUGGAAAAGAUCACAUCUCAAGCUGCGCAGAAAAACACAAAGGAAAAAAACAAUUCAAGAGUAAGUCUGCACACAAUGGCAUCUCUGCUCCCUUUAGAAGAUGCACUUCAUAAUGGCAAACAAUCUUUACAACUGAUACAGAAUUUGACCGCAGCUUUUCAGAUGAUUGAGGAAGAUUCUAGAGGAGGCACAACUGCCACAAACAUUGGUAAAGGUGCAGCCAAUUAUGUGCAAAUGGCUCCUGAUCUUCAGGAAGAUGCACAGAAAAGGUUUUCUCAUGAAAUUACUGAGACAACUGAAAAUAUUUAUGAAUUUCAAAAUUGUGAUGUGAAGAAAAAGCAGAUGAUUGUUGGUGCUACAGAGCCCACAGGAGCGGAGGGGCAUGACAAGGAGAAAGGCAAUGAAAAUGGAAAGUAUGUAAAGGUUAAACAGAAUUGCAGUGUUUCAGAAAGUGACUACUCACAUCAUUACAGUGUAUCAGAUGUGAACGAGUCUUUAGAGGGGGGCAGAGUCAAUCUUGAGGAAGAAGGAAGAUCUAACGUGGAGCACGCUUUGUAUGCCAAAGCGGAUGAAUCCAUGAAAUAUACCCAGAUGUAUGGUGUAUCUCAGGUGGCAACAGAAAUUGUGCUUAGUUGUGAACUGACAGCAGGAGAAGUAGAUCAUCAUACGAGUGCAGAAUGUGAUAAUGUUAAAAAGUAUAGGAGUGGGGUAGAUAAUGAAACUGGUAUGCAGAGCGAGGGUGCAACAAAUACUUUUUCUGAAUCACCAGAUGACAAUUAUUCUUUUAAAAAGGGUGAAAUGUUUCAUAACACUCAACAUAUACCAACAAAUAGGAGCACAAGCCAAGAAGCACCACAACCUAAAGUUAAUAUAAGUCUAGACUCAACCAUGUGCACUGUAAAUUAUACUAAGGGGGAAACAAAUAUAGUAUUCUCAUCGCAACAGAAUUCAGAGCUGAAUAACCACCACAAAUGCUUAGAUCCUAUCAUGUUGAUUAAUACACCAGUUAAAAAGGAUGAUGGAAAGGAAACAGACACUGAUGUUACGGGAGAUAUCCACCCAAAUUCAGAACAGUUAAAAUCCAGAGAAUGUAAUGAGGGAACACAAAAGGAGGAGCAGGUGGGUGAAGCUUUUGGCAGUAAUGUUGACAGCAUUGAUUCAGAAUUGGAUAGUGAGUUAUUCACAAAUGAGGAUACUUUGAAAAGCACACUAUGGAAAGUUUGCUAUUCUGUUUUGUUUGUUGUGUUUCUUGUUACAAUUUAUCAUUAUGAUUUUAUUGGGUGUUUUAUACUUUACCUUUUUUCGUUGUAUUGGUUGUAUUGUGAAGGUGAAGAAAGCAGUGAUUCUGUCAGAAAAGACUGAUAAAAGUACUUGGAUUUGUAUUCAGUUGAGACAGUGAAAAGCUGAAAUUGGUUUUCAGGAUUGUUAACCAUUUGAACACUGAAGUAACCAAUGCUUUUUUUAAUGCAUUUUAUUUCACACAUCAACAUAAUGAUUAGCAACAUUUCUAACAUUAUUAUAAAACUGAAGCAAUAACAUUUUUAAAAUAUCAUGCAUUGUGUCCUUGGAAUAAACAAAAAUAGUCUUAUUUUCCAUUGUGAUGCAAAACACUUUCAUAGGCCUAAAACAUUUAAUCAGUGAUUCUAAUAAAAUGAUAUUGAAUUGUCUUAUUUACAGUUGUCAAGGAACACGACCGAGGAGAAACAAUCUUACCCAACUUGGUUAAAGAACUGGUUGAAUGACAUUUACAUUUUAUAGAAACUGCUUAAAGGUUUCUUAAUAAAAUUAAAUGACCAUUUUAUUUUCUCUGAUAAAUGCAAACUAACACUUCCGAUAAUAAUUUUAGACCAAUUUUUUUGUUUUGCUGUUAUAAGUUUCUGUUAUUAGCUAGUCAAACACUAAUGGAUACUUCUAGUCAGUAGUUGUUUUUUUUCUCCAUUCAAAGUCAAUGGGUAGCAAUCAGCUUUUUUUUUUCUAAAAUGUCAAACAUUAAAGUUAUUACAAACUUUAAACAAAAUCUUUUAUUUUGUG